GGAAAAGCUGUAAUAACCGAUUCAGGUAGUUUUCUUUCAGACACUCUUUGAGUGGCAGGUGAGAAUUGAGAGCGUUGAAAGGCAAAGAGAAGAAGAAAAAGAUGGGUGCUUUCUCAUUUUUGAGCAGAGUUCUGCAUACCAAGCCUUCUAACUACUCCAAGCUUCUUAUUCUCGUCUCUGUCAGUAGUGGAGGCCUGAUUGCGUAUGCAGAAGCCCAUUCAAACAACGAAACGAAAAUUGUGGAACAAAGUCAGCCAGAACCGAAGAAAAAAAAAGUGGUGGUGCUUGGAACAGGGUGGGCUAGCAUUAGUUUCCUAAAGGAUUUGGAUGUUUCAUCCUAUGAUGUUCAAGUGGUCUCCCCUCGAAAUUAUUUUGCAUUUACUCCGUUGUUACCUAGUGUGACAUGUGGAACAGUUGAGGCACGAAGCAUAGUUGAGCCUAUAAGGAACAUAUUAAAGAAGGGAAAUGGAAAAAUUCAAUUUUGGGAAGCAGAAUGCUUGAAGAUUGAUGCAAAGGAAAAGAAAGUACACUGUCGUUCUCAUAUUGAUGAAAAUUUAGUCGGGAAAAACGAUUUCUCACUAGAUUAUGACUAUCUGAUUGUAGCAGUUGGAGCAAGAGUGAACACUUUUAACACCCCUGGUGUCUUGGAGUAUUGCCACUUUCUGAAGGAAGUAGAAGAUGCUCAAAGGAUUCGCCGAGCUGUAAUUGAUUGUUUUGAAAAGGCAGUCCUUCCAGGGUUAAGUGACGAAGAGCGGAGAACCAACCUCCAUUUUGUCAUCGUAGGGGGCGGGCCAACUGGAAUAGAAUUUGCUGCAGAGUUGCAUGACUUUGUUCAUGAAGAUUUAGUGAGAAUUUACCCAGGAGUGAAAGAUCUAGCGAAAAUAACUAUUAUCCAAUCUGGAGAUCAUAUUUUAAACACGUUUGAUGAAAGAAUUAGUACUUUUGCUGAGCGGAAAUUUCAAAGAGAUGGAAUCGAGGUUUUGACAGGAUGCCGAGUGGUUAGUGUUUCUGAUAAGUUCAUUAACAUGAAAGUUAAAGCCACUGCAGAAAACGUUAAAGUGCCACAUGGAAUGGUUGUGUGGUCGACUGGGGUUGGUACUCGCCCGGUCGUGACAGACUUUAUGGAACAAAUUGGUCAGACCAACAGGCGUGCUCUUGCAACAGAUGAAUGGUUAAGAGUAAAAGGCUGUGAGGGUGCCUAUGCUCUUGGUGAUUGUGCAACCGUAGAUCAACGCAAAAUAAUGGAAGAUAUUACGACCAUUUUCAAAGCAGCAGAUAAAGAUAAUUCUGGCACCUUAACUGUUGAUGAAUUUGAAGACGUUAUUGAAGAUAUCAUCAUUAGGUACCCCCAAGUUGAACUGUAUGUGAAGAGCAAGCAUCUGCUCGAAGUGGUAGACUUGCUAAGAGAUUACGAGGGAAACAAACAAGGUGAGAUAGAUAUUGAGGGGUUUAAGUUAGCCCUCUCUCAUGUAGAUUCUCAGACGAAGUCUCUUCCUGCGACUGCUCAGGUUGCUGCACAACAAGGUGCAUAUCUGUCUAGUUGCUUUAACCGUUGGGAACAGUGUAAAAGUAAUCCAGAAGGCCCUCGUCGUUUCAAGAGUUCUGGACGCCAUGAAUUCCGCCCUUUCAGGUAUAGGCAUCUCGGGCAAUUUGCUCCCUUAGGUGGGGAUCAAGCGGCAGCAGAGCUUCCUGGAGACUGGGUUUCCAUGGGCCGAAGCACGCAGUGGCUAUGGUAUUCUGUAUAUGCAAGCAAGCAAGUUAGCUGGCGCACGAGAAUCCUUGUUGUGGCUGAUUGGACAAGAAGAUAUAUCUUUGGAAGGGAUUCGAGCCGUAUUUGAUGCAAGGUCCCCCAUGGAAAUACUUUUAUGUGUGCUUCUCUUCUGUGUGUAUUCUGUUUCUCUUCUGUGUGUAUUAUGUUUCUUUCUGGUUGUUUAAACCCAAAAUGACUGCAUCUUUGUAUGUCUUUUGGCUCAGACAGUGACAUCAUGAAUAUAUUAAUUCAAAUUGCUAUUCUCAA